UUUACAAGCGUCUCUUGAGCUUAUCUUCCCACGUCCUCUUGGUCUCGGGUUUUUGAGCCGUGUCCGAACGUGCCGGCGACCGAUCAAACCCUGCCGGUGUGGACGGUGGAUAGCACGUGGUUGCUGCCAAAAACGACGAGACGAGGAGACGGCACAUAAGGAUAAAUUCAUCGCUAUCACAUAUUAAUUUGAUUUUUCUGAGCGUGGCAACAGAGAAAGGUAGAGAGGAAAAGAGGGAAGAGGGCAGGAACGCGCUUCUCCUCUCCCAAGUCUUCUCCUCUUCCUUUUCUUCCAUAAUUUUUUAUCAUCAUACCUUUGCCAACUCGUGUAAAGCUCGUGCCACCGGAUUGAUGAUUCCUCCGGUCUCCGUAUCCCCUUUCUAUACCAUCUGCAGCGAGGCUGCUGGAGUUGCCGGUAAUCUGUUUGCCUUCGUGUUGUUCGUCUCACCGAUACCAACGUUCCAAAGAAUCGUCAGGAAUCGAUCUACCGAGCAGUUCUCUGGGCUGCCGUAUAUAUAUUCCCUCCUGAAUUGCUUGAUCUGCUUCUGGUAUGGACUACCCUGCGUCGCCCACGGCGUCAUCUUGGUCGCCACCGUCAACUCGAUUGGGGCCAUUUUCCAGUCGGUGUAUGUCACUCUCUUCAUCGUGUACGCUGAGAAACCGAUGAAGCUGAGGAUGUCGGGACUUCUGAUCGCGGUCUUCUGUGUGUUUGCUCUUAUCAUAUGUGUUAGUCUCGAGCUGCUCGACGGCCGGACACGGCAGAUGUUUGUCGGAUAUCUGAGCGUCGCCUCUCUCAUUUCAAUGUUUGCAUCUCCGUUAUGCAUCAUGAAUUUGGUGAUCAGGACGAGGAGUGUUGAGUUCAUGCCUUUCUAUCUCUCUCUCUCAACCUUCCUGAUGAGCAUCUCAUUCUUUGCAUAUGGAAUGUUGAAGCAUGACUAUUUCGUAUAUGUACCAAAUGGGAUCGGAACGAUCCUUGGGGUCAUACAAUUGUUCCUCUACGCUUACUACCGCAGGAAGUCGAGACAAGAUUCUAGAUUACCACUGCUAGUCUCACAUGGAUGAUGCACUUGGCAAAUGGUGUGAGUAGGAACACAUUAAUAUCCCUGUAAUUCUUUCAUAGUUUUCAUUGUGGGGGCCUUGUAUUCAACGUGGUUAAAAACAUUGAGAAUCAUUUUGUUCACUUUUUUACCUCUGUUUUUUGUGUGCGUGUGUGUAUAUGUGAGAGAGAGAUUGUUAGAUCAGUAGUAGCAGCAAUUGGUCGGUGGCUUGUGGCUUCUGUGUAGCCUGCCUCCAUUUACAUCAAAAAGAAAAAGAGCAGAUCGACAAGCUGUAGCAUAUUUUUAAAUUUUGGAACUGGGGAAGCCAUCUCAUUUAGUUUGGGUGAUCAA